CAUAGCGACAUAUGGGGUCGCUCUUGUCUUCAAAACAAUGUAAUGGUGAAUAUGUAUGAUUAGUUGGUUAUAUCAGGAAUAGCGAUAAUAAUGGCGAAAAAAAUCACAACAGUAUUGAUAGAUCUCAGUGGAACGUUGCAUAUCGAUAAUACAGUUAUCCCUGGCGUUGUGCAAGCGUUAAACAGGCUACGGAAUGCAAAUCUGUCGAUCAAGUUCGUCACUAACACCACCAAAGAGUCAAGUAAUUGCUUGUACAGGCGUCUGACAAAUCUUGGCUUUGACUUGCAAAAGGAAGAAAUCUUCAGUUCUUUAGCUGCAGCGAGAAAACUGAUUGUCUCUCGGCAAUUAAAUCCAAUGCUCUUGAUUGAUCCAGCAGCGAUGGAAGAUUUUGAAGAUUUAGUCAAAGACGAUACAGCGCUUAAUGCAGUGGUGGUUGGCUUGGCGCCGAGCAGAUUCAACUACGACGAACUGAAUAAAGCCUUCAGAUUACUGUUGGAUGGCGCGUUACUCAUAGCUAUUCAUGAAGGGCGAUAUUACAAACGUCCCGAUGGUCUGGCCUUAGGUCCUGGAGCUUUUAUUAAAGGUUUAGAAUAUUCUAGCAACGCGAAAGCGGAGGUAGUUGGUAAACCAACCGUAGGAUUUUUCAAGGCAGCUUUAGGGGAGGUAGAUCCAACAGAGGCUGUAAUGAUCGGAGACGAUGUGAGAGACGAUGUAGCCGGUGCGCAAGCAGCCGGGAUCAGGGGUAUUCUGGUGCAAACUGGCAAAUACAGAACAGGAGAUGAGAACACGAUUAUUCCGGGACCAGCAAAAGUAUGUGCUUCUUUCGUACAAGCAGUGGAAAAUAUUCUUGAUAAUGGCAUUUGAAGAUUUGUGGUUGGUGAAAUUAAUAAGCAGCCGGAAUUCUUUAUUCGCGCACAUUGCUGCAUAUGGACACAAUGAGAUUUUUUUCUGUAUUAAAUUAUAUAUUUUAUUUAUAUAUAUUGAUUAUUUCCUUUUAUAGUGUACAUAGUCUAGAGUGAUGCCAUAUUAUUGUAGACGAUAAAUACAAAUGGAAAUCAAUCCUCUUUCUGAUAUGAAUUUUCGUAUUAUCGCGUUCUGCAAUUCUAUUCAUAUAAUUUCCGAUUCGAAUCGAUGUAUUACAAAGAUAAUCAGAUAAACACACGAAAAUAUCGAUCGAGGAUGACAGAAAUAUCGUCUCAUUACACACUCUUGUAGAAAAUUGUAGAAAAUCUGACAUGUUUGUAGACUGACAUUGGAAAGUUUCAUUAUAACUCACGUUAGGACAGUAAAACGUAUUUUACAAAGUAAUUCGUAUGAUAUACACACAUUCGAUACUUUUGCUGAGACGAGACGAUACUAAUUUUUAUCUCGUUCUAGAAAAUUAUAAAUUUCAUGACUUUGUCGCUACUGCGUAACCUUAUAUCGUAAAUAGUACCACUGUAGAACCUGCGCUCGAUAAUAAAGCAAGUUCACAGAAACAAAGUGCUCUCUUUCUCUCUGUCGGAGUAUUGGUGCGCUACGAAAUAUCAUUUUUAGUAUAAAAUUUGGCACCGAUAUACAACUCCUUUUUUUUUUUAUACAGGUCACAAAUACCAACACUGUUUAUUUUCGAUGCUCAAUAUAACGUUAAAGGGAGAUGAAGUUGAUUGAUUUUGAUUUUUCACACUAUCAACGGUCUAAUAUUGAUACUUCAGUUUCUUCGUAUA